UCUGCUCCGAGAAGCAGUCCUCCUCCGCCACACCCAAAACGUAAAAAAGAAAAAAAUGGUGUCUCUGAAGCCCCAGAAGCGGCUAGCCGCGUCGGUGAUGAAGUGCGGGAAGGGAAAAGUUUGGCUCGAUCCGAAUGAAACCUCCGACAUCUCCAUGGCCAACUCCCGGCAAAACAUCAGGAAGCUUGUGAACGAUGGUUUCAUCAUCAAGAAACCAACGAAGAUCCACUCUCGCUCCAGAGCGCGUCGUAUGAAGAUCGCCAAGAUGAAGGGACGUCACUCUGGUUACGGUAAGAGGAAGGGUACCCGUGAAGCUAGGUUGCCGACUAAGGUACUGUGGAUGCGUAGGAUGCGUGUUCUAAGGCGUCUUCUGAAGAAGUACAGAGAGUCGAAGAAGAUUGACAAGCACAUGUACCACGACAUGUACAUGCGUGUCAAGGGUAACGUGUUCAAGAACAAGCGUGUCUUGAUGGAGAGCAUCCACAAGUCCAAGGCCGAGAAGGCCAGAGAGAAGACCUUGUCUGAUCAGUUUGAGGCUAAGAGGGCUAAGAACAAGGCUAGCCGUGAGAGGAAACAUGCUAGGAGAGAAGAGCGUCUAGCUAAGGGUCCUGGAGGAGAUGUUGCACCUACAACUGCACCUCCAGCUGCUGCUGCUGCUACUACUACUGCUCAAACUGCAGAGGUACCAAAGAAGAAGUCCAAGAAGUGAAGAGGAUAUAGUGAUCAAUCUAUAUAAUUCAUUUCACUUGACUUGAGUUUUUGAUGUUUUAUGAAGUUUGUUUUGUUGAAAUACUUUCUUUUCCCGAUAAACACAAGUUAUGUCAGUUAUUUGGUGUUAUGCUUUCACAUUUUAAGCUU